AUGCGGUGCUGUGGGCGCAGCAACGCGGAUGUCGCCAUUCUCAUCACACUUUAUUUGGUCACCUCCUACUCUGUGCAUAGCUACUACACAUUUCUGUUUCCCCAAACACUGAGUGCGUUGGGAUUGGCUUUUCUGCAACCGUUUAGAAGGGUAGCUAGACCAAAUUCCUCCUUUCCUCUCCACCUCCACAACUUAUUUAACGUGGCAACGAAGGAGUGGAUCUUGUUUGGUGUCUCUCUUUUUUUGUUUUUUCUCGCAAUCUGGGCUUACUUGGCGGCGGCAGUCACCGAUGCUGGUCGUGUGCCCUCGGCGUUUGGACAACAUGCUCCUAGGAGCGCUUCCUUAGCUUUGAGGGUGUCCGGUGCAUUAAACAUAUGCCCUGUGUGUGGAAUGUAUAAGCCGCAAAGGACACACCAUUGCAGUCGGUGUAGGCGUUGUGUACUGAAAUAUGACCAUCACUGUCCAUGGCUUGGCCGCUGUGUAGGAUUUUUUAACUACAAGUUGUAUCUUCUUGUGGUAUUUUACACAUUUUUGCUUACGCUGUGGGUGGGUACGUUGCUGUUGUCGGAUAUGGCCCUCUAUAUUGUGCGGCACUAUCGAGUUGUUGGUUGGAAGAUUGUACAUCGAGAUGUGGGGCCUUUUCCUAUUGGGCCUGACGGGACAUGUUGGACGGGACCGCUCAUGGUUGGUGGUACCGCUCACUAUCAGGCGCAUUCUGGGAAGCCAUAUGGUUCUUUAAUCAAUGCUUUAGGUGACAGCUUUGGCGCUUGCCCUCCAUUCUUGGGUGUCUACAUCUGCCUAUUGGAGGCGAUGAUAUUUUUUGUUUUGACGGCCUCGCUCCUGCGGAAGCACUGCUGGCUGGCACGGCAUAGCCUGACGACGCUUGAUCUUGUUAUUUAUCAGCAUCAGCUAGAUGAGGGAUUAUCUAGUGGACGUCACAUAAACAUUUUUGACAUUGGUGUGAAGGGUUGUUUGCAUCAAGUUUUUGGUGAUGGCGACGAACGGGGAGAGCAUUUGCACCCAAACUUUAUUGUGAGGUGGUUCUUCCGCCUGUUGCCCUUUCCCGCAUACCCAAAACAGGCGGAGUUCCACUACAGCUCACCUCUUAGUAUUGACGACACGGAGAAUUUGUUGGGUGAAACCCCUUUUUCUGCGGUAUCACACACGACGGUCUCGGUGCCAAGUUACGGAACGCUAAAUGAGGCUGCGCCUCCUUAUAACAUGAUCAACAAGAACGACAAAAACGUCUCUGCCGACGUGGGUCGUAGGAACGAAUACCGUCACCAUCCGUUGCAGUAUCCUGGCCAAACGAGGCACCUACUGGGUCUGAGUUUUCCCACUGUCUUGUCGCUUGCCGGACCUGGUGGGAUGUGA